UGGAAGCUUACUGUUUAUAAAGAAUACAGUCGAGACCAUUAACCUCUGUCCAUUACAGUAAGAAGAAAAACAUUUUCACUAAACACGAUAUGUUAGAUUGAAACUAGAAACAAAAUGUUGAGUAAAAGAUGAUAUGAGAUGAAGGGCUAAAUUUCAAUGCAAUGUCUGAAACGCGUUUUCUUUAUUUCUCUUUCUCUCGUUCGUAGAGCCUUUCACGCAGGGUUUGACAUAUUCUAGCUGUUAUCAGAUUGAUGGGCUAGUUUGAUUGAAGUGGCUUUGUCAUGCAAAUGUCAAGCGCGUGAUGGAUGGUCGCAGUGCGCUGACAAACUUCUGGAGGUCCCCUCACCAUUGGCGCCGUGACGUCUCACGUGAUCAGCAGCUGAGGUAAAGAUGUGUUAUAGGGAAGCACGAGCAAAUACUCAGGAGGUAAGCAUUUCCCACUUUCGCAUGAAAUACUGUGGCAAGCUUGCAGGACAGGAGGCUCUCCCUAACUCUCAGGUUGACCCUUCGCCAUCAAUUGCGUAUGGACAAUUCCAAAAUGAACUCUUUUUUGGAGUACACAAUUUGUAACCGUGGGACGAACGCCUACUCGCCCAAAGCUGGAUAUCACAACUUGGACCAGGCGUACUCGGGCCCUUUCCACACCGGACACACGAGUGACAGCUAUAACGCUGAUGGACGACUUUACGUAGGGGGGAGCAACCAGCCAGUUGCAGCACAACAUCAGCACCAGAGCGGCGUCUACGCGCAUCACCAGCACCAAACGCAUCAAAGUGGGGUCAAUUACUGUGCGACAGGGAAUGCGAAUUAUGGUACCCAGGCCUGUGCCAAUACGGACUAUGCUCAACACCAGUACUUCGUCAAUCCCGAGCAGGAUGGAAUGUAUUAUCACUCGUCGGGUUUUUCAACUUCAAGUGUAGGCCCUCAUUAUGGCUCAAUGGCUGGGGCAUAUUGCGGGGCACAGGGAGCCGUUCCAGCCGCACCUUAUCAACAUCAUGGCUGCGAAGGUCAGGACCACCAGAGAGGGUACUCUCAAGGCACCUACGCCGACAUAUCGGCCUCCCACGGAAGGGAGAGGGACUCGGAUCAGUCGCCACCUGGAAAGACAUUCGAUUGGAUGAAAGUCAAAAGGAAUCCCCCUAAAACAGUUAAAGUGGCAGAGUUCGGACUGGGCCCACAAAACACAAUUCGGACGAAUUUCACAACCAAACAGCUGACAGAACUCGAGAAAGAGUUUCACUUCAGCAAGUACCUCACGCGAGCGCGCAGAGUGGAAAUUGCUGCCACACUCGAGCUGAACGAGACGCAGGUCAAAAUUUGGUUUCAGAACCGCCGAAUGAAACAGAAGAAGCGAGAGAAGGAGGGACUCGCGCCUGCCUCGUCCACCUCGUCAAAGGACCUCGAAGAUCAGUCAGACCACUCAUCUUCUUCAUCUCCAGAAGCUUCACCAAGCCCGGAGACCUAAUCGGGCCAUUUAACAACAGAUUCGAAAUAUAUCUAAAAUAUAUAAAAAAAUAAUUUAAGCAUUCCACAAUGUGAUCGAAAGAAGUCUCGUAUUAUACUUUUGUUACAAAAUCAUUGUGUUUGGGAAAGUAAUGAACUCGAAAAUCACUUCAGGGAAAUAAAUGAAAAGAAAGAGACUUCUAGCACCACCAGCUCGAGCAACGAUUUUUGUACGCGUUAAACAGGGUAGCAUAUUUCUACAAUGACGAUAAUUGUAAUGCACUUUCGCCAUGUUUACAAAUCGAACCUAAAUGAAUUUACAGGGAGCCUAUAUGUUGUCAAAAUGUGGAUUAGUGUUAUGUCUUGUGUUUUUUGAAACCGUGAUGAUAUUUGUAUGUAUACAUUUCAUUUAUGUUUGAGGUUUGCAGAAUGUAGCUAUAAAGGUUUUUGGUUUCUUUGCACUAUGCGGAUACAGGGUAGGCCUUUACUGAAGGCCAACACAACUGCAUUGCAUCUUUACAUUACAACAAGAAGUAAGUAAUUAAAAAUGUACUGCUAAUUUAACCCAAUUUUUUACCCCAUAUUUUUUAAUGUUGACUCAGAAACCACAUGCGCCUUUGGGAUGUUUCAUUUCUUUUGUAGGAAAAAAAGAAAAUGCAGAUUGUACUUUCUUAUUAAAACAUAUACCUAGUUUGACUUUUAGCCUCGUAUUUUGUAUACGCAGACGAGCUGAGUUUUAUUAGUUGCUGUCUGUAUGAUUAAUGGGUUAAAUGUCUCAAUCAAAUUUUUGUCACUUCUUAUCUACCUCAAAU